CACGCAGCCCCCGCCAUGUCCCGCCGCGCCCCCUCCCCCCGCGCCGCGCCCCCUCCCCCCGCGCCCCCGCUCUCCUCCAGCUGGCCCCUGCUGGGACCCCCCCGCCGCAGCGUCUGGUACAUCUACAGCGAUUACAUCAUUAAGGAGAAGACGGUGCUGCUGCAGAAGAAGGACAGCGAAGGGUUCGGCUUCGUCCUGCGCGGGGCCAAAGCGCAGACCCCCAUCGAGGAGUUCACCCCCACCCCCGCCUUCCCCGCCCUGCAGUACCUGGAGUCGGUGGACGAAGGGGGCGUGGCCUGGAGGGCGGGACUGCGCAUGGGCGACUUCCUGAUCGAGGUGAACGGGCAGAACGUGGUGAAGGUGGGCCACCGGCAGGUGGUGAACAUGAUCCGGCAGGGCGGGAACAGCCUCGUGCUGAAGGUGGUGAUGGUGACGCGGCACCCGGAGCCCCCCGAGGCACCCCGGCGCAGAGCGGCCCCGCCCCCGCCGCGCCGCCUCCCGGCCCCGCCCAUCUCGCUGCGCUCCAAGUCCAUGACCUCGGAGCUGGAGGAGAUGGUGGAGAAGGUCUCCCCCUGGAAGAAACGGAGCGAUUUUGACCCCUCCUCGAGCACCGAGAAGAAGAGAACCGUCUAUCAGAUGGCGCUCAACAAGCUGGACGAGAUCCUGGCGGCCGCCCAGCAGAGCAUCAGUGCGGGGGAGGGGUCGGGGGUCGGAGCCCCCCCGGGCCGGGCCGGGCGGCCCAAAGGAUUCUUCAGCCCCGAGGGUCCCUUCGAGCGGCCGCUGCUGCCCCCGGGACCCCCCCACGGGCUGAUGCUGCGCCAGAAAUCCAUCGGCGCGGCGGACGCGGCCCCGCCCCCCCAUCCGCCAGCACAGCGCCCCCUGCUGGCGCCGCCCGGGAGCCGCUUCCUGCGGAGCCUCUCGGUGCCGGGCCCGGAGGAGAUCCCCCCUCCCCCCACCACCUCCCCCCCCGAGCCCCCCUACAGCACCCCGGGGGGGGGGGGGGGGGGGGGACCCCCCCCUGGCGCCUCUACAACCUCGGGGGGGGUGGGGGAGGGGCGGGGGGCGGCGGUGGGGGAGGGGCGCUGCUGCUGGGGGGUCCCCCCAAGGCGCUGCGGAGGAAGGCCGCUGGUGAAGCAGCCCAAGGUGGAGGGGGAGGGGGGUGGGGGAGGGGCGGAGAAGAGCUCUAUCGCGAUACCCACGAUAGUGGUCAAGGCCCCCUCCACCUCCAGCUCCGGCCGCAGCAGCCGCGGCAGCAGCGUGGAGGCCGAGGGGGGAGGGGCGGGGGGGGGCGGCGCCCCCGAUGGGGGGGGAGGGGGAGGUGGGGGAGGGGCUGGAGGGGGUGGGGGAGGGUCUUCUGGGGGCGCCCCUCCCCCCCCCGAUUUCACCUCGCAGUUCGGGGCGGCGCUGGUGGGGGCGGGGCGGAGGGAGUGGGGGGCGGGGCGGCGCUCGGCGCUCUUCCUCAGCACCGAGGAGGAGGAGGAGGGGGGGGGAGGGGCGCUGGGGGGUGGGGGAGGGGCAGGGGGAGGGUUGGGCCCCCCCUCCCCCCGCCUGCGCCACUCCAAAAGCAUCGACGAGGCGAUGUUCGCGGCGGGGGGGGGAGGGGCAGGGGGAGGGGGUGGGGGAGGGGAGGCGUUCCCCGCCCCCACCCGCGGCUACCGAGGGGCGAGGGGGGGUGGGCAAGGCGGGGGGAGGGGCAGCGCCUUCAGCAGCGUGGGGGGAGGGGCGGGAGGGGCGGCCCCUCCCCCACCUCUGCACGCGGGGGCGGUUCCGGUCCAUCCCAGUUUGGGGGGGGUCCAUCCCAGUUUGGGGGGGGUCCAUCCCAGUAUGAGCCCGGUCCAUCCCAGUCUGAGCCCCACGCGCGCCCCUCCCCCCCCCGGCGGCUGCCGCGUCCUCCCCCCCGCCGCCCCCUCCCCCUUCCCCCUGGGGGGCUCCACGGGGGUCUCCCCCACCCCCUCCACGCCCCUCCCCCCGCCGGCACCGCCCCCUCCCCCCUCCACCCCAGCCUGGGGGGGAUGGGCUCCCCUUUACCCGUGGGGGGAGGGGUCCGCUCCCUCCCCCUUUUGGGGGGGGUCUCCCCCACCCUCCACCUCUCCGGCCCCCCCACCUUACCCAAAACGCCCCCUCCCCAAAAACUGCCCCCCACCCCCUCCAGCCCCUCCCGCCGGCCCCUCCCCCAACCCUGGGCCGCCCCUCCCCCCCCCCGCGAGCCGCGUCCGCUUCUCGGACCCCCCCGGGGCGGGGGUCGCGGGGGGGGGGGGUGGUGGGGGAGGGGCGGGCGGGGGUCUCCUGUCCCUUCCCCCCCCCGCCCCUUCGGUGGACGCGGACGAGGAGCUGCUGCUGGCCGAGCCCCUCCCCCCCCCGCUGGAAUUCGCCAACAGCUUCGAGCCCCCUCCCCCCCCGCCGCCCCUCCCCCACCCGCGGGAGGCCGCCCCUCCCCCACCCGCGGGCCCGGGGGACUCGGCCGCCUCCAGCCUGACCUCGUACGACAGCGAGGUGGCCACGCUGACCCAGGGCGGGCCGGGGGGCGCCCCCCAGGACCCCCGGCGGGCCGGGGGGGUGGGGGUGGGGGUGGGGGUGGGGGUGGGCGGGGGUCCCGAGGGCGCGGAGGCGGUGACGGACUCGGGCAUCGAGGAGGUGGACAGCCGCAGCAGCAGCGACCACCCCCCCGAGGGCGCCGAGGGACCCCCGGGCCCGGCGGGGGGAGGGGAGGGCGGGGGGAGGGGUCGGCUGGGGCAGAGGGGGAGGGCGGAGUGGGAGGAGCCGAGUCUGGGCACGCCCCUCCCCCCCCUGCCCCUCCCCCCGCACCCCGCAGCGCCCCCCAGAGGGGGGAUGGGCGCAGCGUGGAGCCGCGCGGCGGCGGAGGGCGGAGCCGGAGCGCGGCACAGGCUGACGGACUCCGCCGCCCCUCCCCCCUCCCCCUCCCCCACCAAGCCCCUCCCCCCCAGCCCCGCGCUGUUCCCCCAUUGGCCGCCGCCCCCCCCAAAACCCGCGGUGGGCGUGGCCGGGGGCGGGGACCUGGAGCUCCGCCCCGCCCUGCGGCGCGCGCCCAGCCCGGCCCCGCCCCCCUCGGAGCGGCGCGGCAGCCCCGCCCCCCGCCCGGCCUCGCUGCCCACCUUACCUGCGGCGCACCUGUACGGGGCUUACCUGGAGCUGCGCGGCUUCCCCGAGCCCCCCGCCGCCCGCUCGCUGUCCCCGCCCCGCGCCGCCGCCCCCGGGAAGCCCUUCGGAGCCAAACCUUUGGCUUUUUGGAGCAAAUUCGACGUGGCGGACUGGCUGGAGUCGCUGAACCUGGGCGAGCACCGCGCGCGCUUCCUGCACAACGAGAUCGACGGCACGCACCUGCCCGCGCUGACCAAGGAGGACUACAUCGACCUGGGCGUGACGCGCGUGGGGCACCGCAUGAACAUCGACCGCGCCCUGCGCCUCUUCCUCGAGAGGUGA